AUGCGCACGUGCUCGGCUGUCUAUAGAUAUGCCGAUCCGAGAUUCACGUGAGUAUUUCGUUUGAAUUAAUUACUAAAAAAAUAAUACUAUAACACAGUAAUAAUGUAUUAUACUGACACUAUUAUAGUUAUAGUGUUAUACGUAUGUAAUAAUUAUGGCAUAGGACAUGUAGUUCAAUAAAAAAACGAAAUAUACAAGCACUUAUGCACUUAAAACUCCCAAAAAUAGUAUGCACUAAAAAUAGAUUCUACACAUUUUUUCCCAGAGAUUUAAUUAAAAAAUAUUAGUUAUUUAAAAUUAUAAAAUAAUUACCUACCUAAUUUAAUAAUAUGCCACCACGUUAUGACCAAACAAACAAAAAACAAUUUCGUUUUAAUGAAACCUAUAUUUUUUAUUGAUUAAAUUAAGUAGACAUUAGUAGUUACAUUAGGGAACGUCGAUUGAUUUUUAAAUAUAUUUAGUUUAACAUUGCUUCUUUUGAUAUUAAAAAUACAUUUUAGAUUCUGGGUGGUGCGCGAAGAAGUUUAUAGUUUUACAAAGAUGUUUAUUUUUUAAAUUUUUUUAUGUGUACGCAAUUUUUCUACUAGAAGUCUUGCUUGGAUUUCUACGUGUAGCAUCAUUUCUGAAAGGGAAAUCGGCGUGGGGAAGUACUUUAGGGAGGUUAUUAUUCGAUUUUCUCAAACGUUUUCUCAUCAAAUUUGGAAAACCUAAUAAAAACUGGAAAAUAUAAGAAAUGUAGGUAUCGGUGAAAAUAUAUUACGGCCUUCUUUUUUUCUAUGCACAACUUUUCAACCAGCAAUGUUUCACCAUAUUUUUAUGACAAUAAUGUUUCUAAAAGGAUAUUUCAUUAAGAAGAUACUUUAUGAAGGUCAUUUUUUAGUUUUUCUGAGAGUUUUCUCAGCAAAUGUGAAAAACCGGGAUAAAACAUGGGAAAACUGGGAAAAUCGGUACAACAUUAAGCAAAUAUUAUUAAAGAAAACAUAUAGAGCUUAUUUAAUUAUUUUACUGUAAUAUGGCAUAUAUAUUGUUGACAAAUCAUUACUAUCAACUGAACUUCGCUCAGAAUCGUUUUGUCCUAAGCAAUGGUUUAUCAUUGAUUUCUUACAGAUAUACAUUAAAUUAUCUAUAACAGUGGCUGCACCCGUCCCUGGAUACCCCGUUAUCCUAUGACGUUUUUUUUUAUUAUUUAUUUCAUUAAUGAUUGUCGGUUUAAUAAAUGUUAUUUUUUAAGAAAUUGUAGCAGAAAAGCUCGAAAAAUUUAUAAAACUAAAAAGCAUAAAAAAAAAAUCUUAGAUGUGCAACAAAAAAAUAAUAAAUUUGGCUUUAUUGUUACAUGUUACAAAUUUCUUUCAAAUUAAUUAUUUUUUACGACUGCGUAAAAUAAUUAUGUAAAUUUCUCUAGACCACACUGCAAUCAAAAUAUCUGCGGAUAUAAUUAUUGGCGUGGCUAACGUUUUUUUUUUUUUUUUUGAUAGCGGCUUAGGUAUCAUCAUUUGUGUGUUAUAAAUUAUAUUAUUUUUUAAAUGAUACAAUGAUGGAGAUUUUAUUGAAGAUGCCAAAAAUCGAUCACUUUUGUCGUGGGCCCAUUAGCUCAGUUGGUUAGAGCGUCGUGCUAAUAACGCGAAGGUCGUGGGUUCGAUCCCCCCAUGGGCCAGCAACAAUUUUUUUUUCGUUUUUUUUUUUUUCAUUUUUACCAUCGUAGUAUUGAACAUCCGAAACGAUUAUAAAUUCUAAACCAAACAAGGAAUGAAUCAAUUUUAUUAUGAAGUCGCUUUUUUUUUUUUUUAUGUGUAUGUUUUAAUCCAUCGUUUAAAUUCUGAGCGGAGCGACGAAUGUAUUGGUUUUACAAUGAUGUUUUUUUUUUCUGACCCAUUUUUCUACCAGAAAUUUUACUCUGUUAUUUAAGUGUAACACUUUUUCUGAACUUUUUCUGGGGUUUUUCUAAUAAAUGGGAAAAACCGGGGAAAAUGUCGGAAAAACGGGAAAAUUCACGAAAUUUAUUAUUUUCAAAUUGUAAAUCUUCAGACCUUUCAAAACAUGUAUAACUGAAUUCUGCUCAAAAUCAUUAUAACAUUUUCAGUAUAUUCGGUGCAUUUUGGCGGUCGUAUUUUGAUUUUCCUUAUGCUUUUCUGAUGAAAUGGGGAAAACUAACAUUUUUUGUGUAAUUUUUGUUGGUUUCUGGAUUAUCUUAGUGUCAAGCGGAAAUUAGAUGACUAAUAUUAGUAUCAUAUGAUACUCUACUCCUCCCUUCGAAUUUCUGUCCUAAAACAGUGUCACACCCAUCAAUGGUAUCAGCAUUGUUUUUAUGCACACAAUAUACUAAAAUAAUUCAAACUAUAACGAUGAUGUUAUUUUAAGGAAUUUUGGGUUUACUGUACACAUUUGUCUUCUUGUUGUUUUUGUUACUAAAAAUUAUUACUACUGACCUACCUUACCAGAAAAAAAUCCCCCAUUUUCUACGGGUCACGUCCAAAUUAGUUACUAUUUUUCUCAAAAAAAAUUACGAGGCGACUUUAAACUGAUGAUUUAUUUGUCCGCAGGUACGCCAAAGGUUUCGGAAUCGUCGGACACCUGUUCGGCGAUGAUUUCUUCUUAAACGUGCCCAACGGUCUCGUCGGAAUGUUGUACUACGCCAUUACUUUCGUUUUGAGUACGUUUUCAGAACAUUUUUUUAAUCAAAUAAUAUUUAUUUUACAAAAUUAAUCGUUUCGAACGCAGUUUUUUUCCCCCUUAGGUAAUUUUUUUCAAUUCUGUUCCGCAGGUUUUACGGACGACCGCUGGGCCGUCACUGCGCAUUACUACCUGACGAUCGCUUCCAACCUGUCGUCGUUUUACUUGGCGUUCGUGCUGGCGCUGAUCAUCCGGGAACUCUGUCUGGUGUGCCUGGCCACGUAUCUGAUAAACGCGGCGAGCGUCGUCUGCGUAGUGGCCAAACUCCGACGAAUCAAGAGUCGCCAUUCACCGCAAAAGCCGAAAAGCGACUGA